CCUUUGAAAGAUAUGACAUCUGCUGCCACUGCAUUGCUACAUUCAUGGUUCGCUGCCUCAGCAUCGUACCUAGUGUAGAACCGUGUUUCCUGUUUAACAGAAUCACACUUGUUGACUUGACUACGUUUUAAGGAUUUAAAGUGGAUUGAAAAUGUUUCUUCUUCUGUGUUGCUGGAUUCUUUCAGGAGUCAUGGCAGAAGUCCCAGUUGUGACACAUUACCAACUGAAAAACAGCACACUAUGUCUACAUGUUAGAACACCACCACCAUAUAAUGGUGGUAAAUGGACCUUUGCUAGAAAAACUAUUGCAUAUGAUAAAACCAUCAACCCCAGCUACAAAGAGAAAGUGGAUUACAAACCUGAAAAUCUCUCUUUGUGUAUUAAAGAUCUAAAUGACACAGACACUGGCAACUAUACAGUCACAUUCAGUGACUCUGAAUUUAAUGACGUAUCAGAACGACACAGAGUCAUUGUUCAAGAACUUGUUCCUAGACCUGCUGUCAAAAUAUCAGUGCUGCGCUCCAACCUGUCUGCUGGAUUGUGCAGUAUCUCAGUCAACUGCUCCAUCCAGGAUGACUGGAUGUGGUCUGUCUGUGAUGAGGACAGCUGCAGAACAUUUCAGAGGUCAUUCAGUAAGGUCACCAUCACCAUCUCCACUGACAACCAAACUGUUGUCUGCAGCGGCAGCAACCAUGUUAGCACAAAUAAUGUGUCUGAAAGCACGAGGACAACAUGCUUCAGUAAAUCUGAUCCUGAAAACAAAGAGGAAUCAGAGCCGCCCCUGGUGAUAAUAAUAUUUCUUGCAGUGUGUAUCUCGCUGUGUGUAUUUUCUGCCUGUAUGGCAAAGAAGUGUUUUUCUAGAAAAUGUGAUUGCCAUCAGGGACAAGCAUCAACUCAUUUAAUACAAAGUCAGCCAGAUGAGGUACAGCCACAUCCUGAACCUAGAGUUUCUACUUCAUCUUCCAGUCCAGCUGAGCCUGCUUACGAAAACGUGGAUCCCUCACAGCCCAGCUGGACCCACGGUCCAGGAGAGCAACUGGGGGCUAUGUCAAGUCAGACAGUAGAUACUGUCUACAGCGUUUUACAGGCAACAAAUGUGGCCGCUUCUCUUGGCAAGAGUGAUACGAGAAGACAAGAGGCAUCCACCUCACAGUCUGUCAUCAGUGAGGCAGAGCACCCCGUGCAAAUUGACACCGUGUACAGUGUGUUGCAAAAGCCAAAAAAUAUGAAGUCACAGCACCACCAAGAGGUUGGACAAGAUUUUCAGAGGAGAUGAACAUUGUGAGAGAAGCAUGUUAAAUGGACACUCAUGUAAUAUUUACCUUCUUUAAACUGGAGGAUAAAUCUUUAUAGGUGUUGAUACUCAUUUAAAAUUUGUAGAAAAUAUGUGUUUUCUUUAAAAAUAACAUUUAUUCAUCACUUCCUGUGCUGUGUUCAUUGCAAGAAGAUUUAUCAAAUGAAGCAAUGAAUCACUCAUCUGAAGUGAACUUGUCCUUCAUGAAUGACCCAUCACAAAACAUCAGGUGCUGUAACAUCCAGUGUUGUCAAUGGCAGCAUCAGUAAGCUACAGACUGUCAGCUGAAAUAUGAGAGUUUCUACUUUCCCUCAGAUAUUUCACAGAUGUGUAACUGCUUGCAAUGCAAACCAAACAUUAAGUCUGAUUAGGGGGAAAAACAGGAAGCAGAAAUGUAGUAUUUCAUGACAUGCAUAUAAAGCAGGGAACAAGGGCUUAACUGGGUCACUAGAAUCUGAAAUUGGUGAUGUGGUGGUCCUGGUUACUACCUAAUACAACUUACUGCUGUGUCUUUCUUUGUAAAACAUCUUCUUGUUUUUAACUCUGAGGUUUAGGCCUAUAAAUUGCUUGGUUUUUGCAACAGUUCACUGAACAGUUAAAUGAACAUGUCUACUGUUUUCCAGACUAAUGAAAGGUAUAUUUGACCUUGAAGACAGUGUAACCUUUAAGUUUACAACAAAAUAAGAUGUCUUAGUUUGAGCAGUUUACAAGUAAAUGUUUGUGUGGGUAGUGGCACAGAAUAUUUAUACUGAUUGAGGUCUAUGAUAAGCAUGACACAGGGGUUAUCUGUGGUCAUUAAGUCAGCACUGAUACAGAUUUGCUUCUGGAGGGUUUCAUAACCCAGUUCCACUCUGUGUUGUUUGGUUUGGGAUGCACUUACUGUGGCAGACCCUCCAUGUGAACAUGCAAACUGAGUGGACGUGGCCAGGGAGAAGAUGUAAGGGCUGGUUUGAGAAAGGGCCCUGGUCUGCGGUGUCCUUGCUGGCCUGGCUUCCUGUUUGCUGUGAGGCUCUGAUGUCUUCACCUGGGAAAACGUCACACUCUAUAAAGUUAAAUCUCCGUGUGAACCUCCUUUAGUUGCAGCCUGAACAAGCUGGUCAUAACAUAACAUAACUAUUUUGUGUCACUGCUUUUCAAAAGAAGAGCUCUGAUGAAGCAGCAGUAGUAGAUAUUAGGAUACUUCAUUUUUCUGCCUAGACCCUUGUUGCUUUGAUUUGUUGAAUUUUACUGUAGUAAUUUCCUGUUCAACUGUUCUGACUGGGGAGUGACAUAAAGCACCCACAGCUUACAAGAUGAUCGUACAGUUCAACAGCAUUAACAUCACUGUAUAAAUUACAUUUGAAUUACAUUCUUUUACAUAGAAAUUUUAUUAGUAAUCCAAUACUCUGGUCAAUUCUACCUUUUAAACUUGUAUUUAAAUGAACAUUAUCAACCCACAGAAUAGCAUGCACUAGUGCAAAUCACAUUUAUGUAAUUCAGUCAAUAUACUGUGCCGUAUUUGUUAGACCCAAGCACACUGUGCAGUUGAAAUAGAAACUUAUUCCAUAAAUGACCACAGGGGGGUGUCAAACUACUCUAACUGACAUAAACACAAGUCUGGGACUGUGGCCCUGUGACAGCAUGCCAUCACAUAUCUAACGAGAUGAGCCACAUUCUUAAAAAGGUGUAUAAUUAUUAACUUUCUGAACUUUUUUUGAACUAGUCAUAUUCUUUGAGUUUUUCAAAGCUAAAUUCCUGUAGCUAAGGGAGACUCUGUUUGUCAUGACUGCAAACUAACAGUUAGUUUCCAAUGUGGUUUUCUAUAAAAAAGACAGACUCAUUCUGUGUGGAACCAGAGGGGAAGUGAAUAUCUCUGCGGUGUCAAAGUCAGACAAAGGACUUCUGCAAGUGUUAAUGUUUAGCAAAAUGCAAAAAUGUAAAGCAAUAUCCUUCUUUACGAUGGUCAUUUUGGGACAUCCCAGAGUCAGUUCUGCAUUGUCUGACAUUGUUCAGUUCCUGGAAGUGGUUUGUUCCAACUGCUCGCUGUUGCACUGAUGAAUGGCACUGGUUGGUCUAGCUUCAAUCAAAAAUACUGGGGCUUUCCAUAUUGACCACCUAACCUUAAAUAUAAUGCUAUUUAAAGCAUCACUGAUUGUUAAAAGAUUGAAAGGCUAUUGUUUGGACAGGUGAUACUCGGUUUGUCUAAGUGAAUUAAGAUUAAGACCUCGCCUUUAUUUUUACUGAUCUGUGGGUUCUUGUGUCAAAAAUAAGACGUGGUCAGCGUUGUUAGAAUCACAAAACAGUAGUUGCUGUUGUCAUGUAAUAUUUUGAAUAAUUUAUUGACGUUUCAGUAAGUUAGUUCCUGUCCCUAAUUAUUCAUUCAGCUACAGGCUGAAUCGAUCUGCACCAUCUCUUUACUGAAAACAAAUGAGCAUCAGUUUUACUUGGAGCUGCAGCACUGAAAAUGAGGAAAUAGUCUUCAGCUCAGUGUGUGCUGUCAGUCAGAUGAGAGUUUCACACCUGCUUUACUGCAUGAACCAGACAGAGCAGAGGUGAUAGUGGGUGAUAGUGUUCAAGAUGCAGAACAGAGCAGGAACUUCUAUGUUAAAUUUUUUACCUUUCUGACUUUGUUUGUUUUCUUCCCUUAUAUUUCAGACUGAGAAAUAAAUAUUGAUCUUCUA